AUGAAAAUUAAAUUGAAUUUUCUAAUUUAUAUCAUAAAUCGAACUUUUAAUUACAUUAAUAUAAAAUGUUAUUCACAAUCAAAAAUUCUAUUUAAUAAAUUGAAUAUCAAUUCAAAUAAUUGGAAAGAGCAACUUGACAAGACGAUGCAAAUUUUUCCAAAUUUUAUAACAAUUGAAGAAGAAAUAUCUUUAACUGAAGAAAUUGAUCCUUAUAUAAAAAAAUUACGAUAUGAACAAUCGCAUUGGGAUGAUGCAAUACAUAAUUAUAGAGAAACGGAAAAAAGUAAAUGGAAUGAAAAAAAUAUAAAAAUAAUAGAUAAAAUUCGGAAAAAAGCAUUUUCCAAAGAAAUGUCUCAUAUUCCAUUAAUACAUAUUUUAGACUUAGCAUCUGAAGGAUGGAUAAAACCACACGUUGAUAGUAUAAAAUUUUGUGGAGAAAUUAUUGCUGGUUUAAGUUUGUUAACAGAUAGUGUAAUGAGAUUAAAAAUGGUUGAUAAUGAAUCAUUAUAUAAAGAUUUCUUAUUAUCAAGAAGAUCUUUAUAUAUAAUGAGUGGCAUUGCUAGAUAUAAUUAUACACAUGAAAUUUUAAAAAAUAAGGAAUCUUUUUUUAAAGGACAAUAUAUAUUAAAAGAUAGACGUAUUUCAAUAAUAUGUAGAAGUCAACCAAAUCAUAAUUGUAAACAAUAUUAAUUCUGCAAUGAUAUACUUUUUUAUUCUUUCAAUUCAGUGAUUGAUAUACUAUGGUUUUUUAGAUAUGUUUACAUCAUGUAAAAAAUUUUGGAAAAUAUUAUUAGUAUACUUUAAAGUAUCUAUUUUUAUAAUAUACUAUAUAGUUUUAAAAGAAAGUAAUAUAAAUUUUAAAUAAUAAUUUUAAUUUUAAUUUUAUAAAAAAUAAUUUUAUGAAACAAUAAUUAAUAAAAAAUAAAUAUCUUAGUGAAAAAUAAAAGAUUUUGGUAUAUUGUUGCAAAAUUAAUCAUGUGAUUGCAUAAAUAUUAUAUUUAUUGCAUAAAUUUGUAUAUAUGUAUAAUUGUGCUAUAUAUUAAUAUAAUACUGAAUUAAAUAUAUAUGAAUAUAACAUUGAAUUGUAUAUAUGUAAACAUAUAUAAUAUAUAUAAUAUAUAUAAAUAUAA